GUGCUUUACUUUAGCACUGUUACAUCCACUUGAGCAAGAAGUGCUUUAGUUGCAAAGUGAAAUCCCAUGGCUGAGGAAAAGCAGUUGAAGGGAACCUCCGAGGAGACCCUGCCUGUGUCUGACCACCACUGUCCUCAAGCAGCACAAGCAGAGGACGAGCAGGGAGGAUGCGAAGAGGAGCUCAAGAGGGGCCCCGACCUGUUGCAGAUGUUAAAGGCUGCAGAGAGCAGGUGGGCCCCCCAACAGGGUCAGGAAAAAGGAGAGGCCGGGACGGAGGAGGUCGUCAGCGAGGCGCUGAAGACUGACAUGCAGAUACAGUUGACGGAGCAGAAACAAGAAUUCAACCAGCGUCCCAUCAUGGCCGUCCCGCGCCCGCUGUCUCGCUCUGGUUCGCAGUCAUCCGUUGACAGCUACAAUUCAGCGGACAGUGCCAACUCUGAAGACGACAAGUCACCUAGAAACAAAGUCCAGAAGACCUCCAAGGGCGUCUCGGACUUUUGCAUUAAAAAUAUCAAACAGGCUGAUUUUGGACGUCGCGAAAUUUGCAUUGCAGAGCAAGAGAUGCCUGCGUUGAUGGUUCUGAGGAAGAAAGUGGGUAGCGAGAAACCUCUGGCUGGAGCCAAAGUGGUUGGCUGCACACACAUCACUGCUCAAACGGCGGUUCUAAUUGAGACACUGUCAGCGUUGGGGGCUCAGUGCCGUUGGGCCGCCUGUAACAUCUUCUCCACCCAGAAUGCCGUAGCCGCUGCUCUGGCUGAAGGAGGCACAUCCGUGUUUGCAUGGCGAGGCGAGUCAGAGGACGACUUCUGGUGGUGCAUCGAUCGCUGCGUUGGUGCUGAGAUUUGGGAACCCAAUGUGAUUCUAGAUGACGGUAGUGACCUGACCCACUGGCUCUACAAGAAGUACCCCAACCUGUUCAAAAACAUACGAGGCAUUGUGGAAGAAAGCGUCACGGGAGUUUAUCGCUUAUACCAGCUGUCCAAGGCCGGCGAGCUGUGUGUUCCGGCCAUAAACGUCAACGAUUCGGUGACCAAGCAGAAGUUUGACAAUCUCUAUUGUUGCAAGGAGUCUAUAUUGGAUGGGUUGAAGAGAACCACAGACGUGAUGUUUGGCGGCAAGCAGGUGCUGGUGUGUGGAUAUGGUGGGGUUGGCAAAGGUUGCUGUGCCGCCCUGAAAGCAUUGGGUGCUGUCGUGUACGUGACAGAGGUGGACCCCAUCUGUGCCAUCCAGGCCUGCAUGGACGGCUUCAGAGUGAUCCAGCUGAGUGAGGUGGUCCAACAGGUUGACGUGGUCAUCACCUGUACAGGUAACAAACACGUGGUGGCCAGGGAACAUCUGGACAGGAUGAAGAAUGGCUGCAUUGUCUGCAACAUGGGACACUCCAACACGGAGAUAGAUUUGGCGAGUCUGCGCACUGCAGAGCUGCGAUGGGAGCACGUGAGACCUCAGGUGGACCACGUCGUAUGGCCGGAUGGAAGGAGAAUCGUCCUACUGGCCCAGGGUCGUUUACUGAAUCUGAGCUGCUCCACUGUGCCCUCUUUUGUCCUCUCAGUCACUGCCACCACUCAGGCUCUGGCUCUCAUUGAGCUGUACAACGCUCCAGAAGGACGCUACAAACGGGAUGUCUACUUGCUGCCAAAAAAGAUGGAUGAAUACGUGGCAAGUCUUCACCUCCCUGGUUUUGAGGCUCACCUCACCGAACUGACUGACGAACAGACCAAGUACUUGGGCAUUGGCAAGCAUGGACCCUUUAAACCUAACUAUUAUAGGUAUUGACUCCCUGGACUACCAAGAUGAUCUUUUUAUGUUAUGUUUUAGAAUAUUCCUUUGAAACCUACUGCAAACAUGGCUGACUAGUCACCAUUGUUGGAUUGUCCAGUGUUUGACAGAAUUUCAUUUUCUGUCUGUGCAUUUAGCACAAUCGAGAUGGUAAUAAUAAUAGGUUAUAUAUAUAUAUAUAUAUAU